CUGUUUUUUUCUGUCGGCAUCCUUUGCUAUAAUUUACUUAAUAUAAAAAAUUCCAAAACUUACAACAACCAUGCCUAAAAAACGCACCAACUUGGAAAAUAUCCAGGAGAAUCCUGAGGAGCAGGAAAUCCGCUUGGACGAUGAAAUGUUUGUAGAAUACGUAAAACAGAACUUGGCCACAAUGGAAACUCCAAAGGAGCAGGAACUUCGCUUGGACCAUGAAAUGUUUGUAGAAUACUUGAAAAAGAACCUGGCCAUAGUGAACGCCGAUACUGCGCAGAAGGCAGCGGAGCUGGAGAGGCUCCAGAAGGUAAAGAAGCAACUGCUGGACUAUAAUUACGGCUGCGUUUCGACUGCCAGCGAGGAUCCUUACCCCGAAAAAGAGAAUCUGUUGCCUAGCCUCAAUCAGGUGAAUUCAAAGGCCGAGGAACUGGUGGGACAACUCGGGGAACUGCUCGGUGCCAAAUGCAACGUGCACCAGGCCUAUGACGAGCACUGCCAAGAGGUCAAAAGUGUCACGGCGGAGCAAUUGAAGACUCGCUACGAUCAGUACUCCACUAUGAAAGACGCAGACCUAGGAAAAGCCAUCGACGAAGCGAAGGAGUCUAUGCAGGAAACACUGGACAAGACGGCUGCCAAAAAGUCGGAGCUGGCCAACAAGAAAAAGGAGCAUCAAGCCAAGCACUCCGCCAUGAUGAAGGAGAUUGAAACGUUGAAUCAUGUCGAGCAGGAUGCCAUUGAACGGCUGGAGCAAUUGAGGCUGAAAGAGGCUCUAGGCAACUAAGAGCCUUCCGAUUAGAAGCUUAUUUGUGUUUUCUAAGGAAUUCCUCCAUAUAAAUAAUCAUUCUUUACCACUGAAGGUAUUUCAUGCUGGUAUAAGAACCGCCAGAACGCAAAGUUCCAGCCAAUUUUUAUGUUUCAGUUAAAAUAUUAUACGAAAUAUGUUGUGUUUUUAGUUUAACAUUAAUAUUUUUAGUGAAAAUACAGAAGUUACCACGAUUAACAAUUUUUAUGAAGUACUUUAAAUCAGAAAUCAAAGUAUUGUAAUGUCAAUUACUUAUUCUAAAAGCAGAAAAUCUAAGUUUUGAAAAACAAUGUUUAUUUUACGGUCAUUUUUUAACAAGCUUCAUGUAAAAAUUGUUCACGUAUUUAAUCUUUCUGAAAAUAAAUA